AUGACGUCCGGUACUGUCACUUCUCUUUUCCUUGCCUUCUUGAGCUGUACACAGGUGUUGGCUCAGUCGCAAAGUGUCCAGUACAACCAAGUACUUAAUGUCAAUGGCGAUAUGAAACUUAACUCCUUUGUCUUCCCCGACCGCUCCAAGGUCGAGACCUUCUCCCAAAAACAACAACAAAUUAUUGUUAAUCAGCAAAAUCCCUCAAUUCCCGCCAACCAGGUUGUUGGUACGACCGGACAGCCUUUUGUUGCCGUCUCACCCCAGUCAAUGACCAUCAGCACCAAUGGUGCAACUGACUUGGUCGGUGGCCAGAUCGAGAUGGCCAUGACAAUGCAGAACCUCCAGGGCGUAGCAGUCCAGCCAGACAACACCUACGUGGCCAAGCUUUCACCUGACCGACAGACUUGGAUGAUCCAGGAGACGAUGAGGAUGGUCAACAGCACCGACAUGACUGUCCGCAUGGUCAAGCGUAGCCAGAUGGAUGGCGAGUACAUGGUUGUCGGUCGUCAGACCGUUGAGACCAACACCGUUGUCGUUCCCUUUGGCAGUGAUGGCAGCACCUCUGUCGGUAUCCAGGGCAGUGGUCUCCAAGAGAACGAGUUCCAGGACGGCUUCAGAAUGUCCAUCCGUGCUACCCAGCCUAUGACCAUGAACGUCGAUGUCAAGGAUGGCAUUGACAGCGGCAUGUUGUCUGCUCUCCAAGGCCAGAGCUCCGUCAACGACUACCGCUACUCGGUCACCACUAAUCUUGGUGCUGUUGUCCCUAGCCUUAACCAACAAGUUACUGUCGUUCAAAUGCCCAUCAACGCUGUCCGCAUCCAGAAGAUGAUGCAAUCAAUGGGUGUCCCACCUACUGGAUCCGUCGCCAUCGCUGUUGCUCAGAGGAGCGUUCUCCAGAACCCCGGUGGUGCAACUGGCAGCCUUGGUGGAGCCGCUACCACGCGCCGUGGCCUCUCCCGCACUGAGUUCAGGAAGGAGAUUGCCCGCCAGGUCCAAGGCACUACUCCUACCACCAACCAGCCCAACCCCGUCGCUGCUCAGCUUCUUCUCGCACCUACCUUCACUCCCGUUCAAGCUGAGGCCGUCCUCGACAUGUCCAACAUGCGUAUUGCCAUCCCUGUCCGCCAAAUCGACGGAGAGUACAUCCUCACCAUGCAAGUCAUGGGCGGUGCCGCUGGCGCUGCUGGCGCUGCUGCCCCAGCAGGAGCAGCCACUCCUCCUACCGGCUCAACUGCUACCCCCGCUGAGGCGCCCGCUGGCUCCAGCCCUGCUCCCUCUACCGAGUCUCCCUCUACCGCAGCUCCCGCCACCGAGUCCUCUGCUGCCACUCCCAAGGCCUCCGAAGCCGAGAAGCCCACUCUCCAGGCCCCUACCAACGGCACCGAGUCCGCUGCGCCACAGUCUGCUAAGCCCGAGGCCACUAAGCCUGAGCGUCGCCAGGACAACAAGGACAAGUACGGUGAUGUCAAGGCUCCUCUGGGCUCCGUCAUCAUGACCAUGAAGCAAAUCGAUAUAAUGGCCGAGAUGGACAUGUGGGGUGGCCAGGUCCCCAUCAGCAAGAUGAUGAACGACUAUGUAAAGGCACAGACUGGAAAGGAUAUGGAUCCCGUGAAGAGCGAUGGUGGUGAUGCUGCCGCUAAGCUCGUCGUUGCAUAGAUCAUGUAACAGGUGAUAGGUGAGGGUUUGGUAUGAAGGAAUUGGGGGUUUUAGAGGCGAUAAUAUGUGUAUAUCUGAAUGGAAUGGAUAGAUAUUUGGAAGGGAGGAUUGGUGGAAAGAUGUAAUAAGGCUGUGAAUAGUGGAUCUAAGGGGUGAGUGUACCUUGCUGGUUUUUUUGAGAUAGUCGAAUUUGGUACGUGAUAGCUAGUAUAUACAUAUGUUAUAAAAUUCAACGACAGGAGUGUUA